AAGAUGUAGAUUUUAUUCUCGAAACACCUUGAUGCUUUAUUUUCGGAAAAAGCUUCUUUGUGAGACAUAAUGACACGGAUUGGCGACGGGCGCAUCACAGAAGGCAUUUCCCGUUCAGACAUCGACUCUGCGACCCGCCGCGCGAAAGUGGCACCCGGUCGAAAGUGGCCACUUUGAUCGUCGUCGAGGCUCGUAACCGACGAUUGCAGACCGUCGUCGCAUUAAUUUUGUAGUUUUUACCACCCAUUGAGAGAGGUUUUUAUGAUGGUCCCCUACCAAGCGCUCGCACCUUUAUGUCGCGGCUGAAUGGACAGGGCGAGCAGCGACUGCCGGCUCCUCUAUGAGAUAAUAGGCUCGCGAGGCUGUGCCCGUGCCAUUCAGACCCCGAUUCCAGCAACCAAUUCGGGAUCGAAUCGCGAGAGAGAGAUCGAGGAACGAGAGGCGAGGGCGGACAUCGCCGCUGCGAUCUGCAGUCAUGCUCACCAUACAGAACGAUAUGUCGCCGCGCAACGGCUCCUGCGUGGCGGAAGUGAGUUCCGUGAGGAGCCUUUCGUCGGACGAUGUUUCGGGGACCAAAGCGAACCGGAAGAAGUCGUGUUGGGCCCGCGCGACUGAUCCGGCCCAUCGUCGCGGUCGACGAAUCCAGCUGCUGCAAAUGCUGGUGCUACCUUUCAUACCGAUCCUCGCUCUGAUCGUGCAGACCGCGAAUACCCUUCACGACAUCCUGAUCUACCGUCAGGAGGUGUCCGACAUAGAGACGCAGGUGACGAUAGCAACGGAUCUGGGCAAAAUGGUCACCAGGAUGCAGCUGGAGAGAUCCGAAGUGGCUUUUUUCAUUUAUACCAACGGCAACACAUUGAGGUCGAACCUGACGCAGAGAUUCGCCAUAACCGACCAGGAUCUCCAUAACAUGAGCACGUGGCCGUUGGUAUCUGUACCCAGGGACGAAAGCAAGACGCAAGCAUACGACGUGGUGAGCAAGGAGGCCUUCCAGGCACGCCUGGAGGACUUCAGGCAAAAGAUAAGUUCAGAAGAGAGCAGUAUUUCUGAGGUAAUGGCGUGGUACACGAGCGUGAACGCCGCUAUGCUGGACCAUCUGACUAAUCAGAUUAAGGAGACGGAUAACAGCGGGGUAUGGAGGUAUCUAAUAGCCUUCAAGAAUCUCCUGCGGAGCAUCGAGAGCCUCGGUAUAGCCUCGGUGGAGGGAAUCAAUUACUUCGGCCGAGGUCUCCUUUUCGGUGACAACUACAUCAAUUACGUUCGCCACGAAGCACUGGGCCGUGACCUUCUGAACGCUGCCCUGACAUAUGUGCCCUCCCUGAGGAAGUUUUACAGCGAACUCACGCGCACCAUGCCCGAGUAUGACAAGAUCAAGGCAAGACGGAACGAGAUUCUACGGAAUCAAAGAAGAGAAUCGAGCGUAGACGACGCAAUCGCUUACUUUGAUUCAAUGGCCACUUACAUCGACGAACUGCGUAAGCUGCAGCGGGAAUUGCGUCACAUGAUAAGGGAUUACGUCAAUUCGACAUUACAAGAUGCGAGCAACAAAGAAGUCGCGGGGAUCGCUAUCGUCGUUCUGGUCCUGGUAGUAUCCCCCAUCAUCAUCAUACUGAUGCGCAAUGCUGUCGCCACCAUUCAGAUGUACGCCGCGAAUUUAGCUCAGAAGGCACGCGAGCUCAAACGCGAAAAGAGGAAGAGCGACACAUUGCUCUUCCAAAUGCUUCCACCCAGCGUUGCCCAACAACUCAAGCAAACUCAGCAGGUACCGGCGGAGUAUUACGAAGCGGUGACCGUCUACUUCAGCGACAUAGUCGGUUUUACGGAGAUCGCCGCGGAAAACACGCCCCUCGAGGUGGUGACGUUCCUCAAUUCGAUCUAUAAGCUGUUCGAUGCUCGCAUCGAGUGCUAUGAUGUCUACAAAGUAGAGACUAUCGGGGACUCCUACAUGGUCGCUUCUGGUCUGCCCGUUAGAAAUGGUAAAAGUGAUAAGCAUGUGUCUGAGAUCGCCACAAUGGCAUUAGACUUGCUGGCGGCUUCGUCCGUAUUCCAGGUGCCCAAACGUCCUGGCGAACGGUUGCAAAUAAGAAGCGGAGCCCAUACUGGACCUGUCGUGGCCGGUAUCGUUGGCAGUAAGAUGCCUCGUUACUGUCUCUUUGGCGACACCGUAAACACCGCAAGUCGCAUGGAAUCGACUGGUGAAGCUCUGCGAAUUCACAUCAGCUUAGAGAUGAAAAAAGCUCUUGACGCGGUGGGCGGUUUCAAGAUCGAACACCGUGGCCUUGUCGAUGUAAAGGGCAAGGGCCUCAUGGACACGUAUUGGUUGGAGUGCAAGGACGGUGGUAUCGCACGCGCCGCCGAGCUCGACCUGCCGUCAUUCUUCGAGGAUGUACGACCGGUCUUCAUGCGGCGCCUGCGUGAGGAAGGUACCCUCUGAUGCGAGCCAUACUCCCGC